AUGGAGAAUAUGCUCUCCUCAGCCCCGCUGCCAUCGUCCCUCCCGGACCGCUUCAUCUUGCUGCCUGACCAGCGCCCACCGGCAUCAUCCGUUGCCGUAUCGCUGCCCGUUAUCGACCUCAGCCGCGGCCGCGACGAGGUUCGCCGCGCCGUCCUGGACGCCGGCAGGGAGCUCGGCUUCUUCCAGGUGAUCAACCACGGCGUCUCCGAGCAGACGAUGCGGGAGAUGGAGGAAGUGUGCGAGGAGUUCUUCCGGCUGCCGGCGGCGGACAAAACGGCCUUGUACUCCGAGGACAGGUUCAAGCGCAACCGGCUCUUCUCCGGUACCAUCUACGGCGAUCGUUACUGGCGGGACUGCCUCCGCCUUGCCUGUGCCUUUCCCGUCGGCGACACAAAGAACGACUGGCCCGACAAGCCCCAGAGUCUCCGGGAGGUUAUCGAGAAGUUCAUCAUGCCGACGAGAGGCGUCGCUAUGGAGCUGCUGCGGCUGCUAAGCGAGGGCAUGGGGCUCCGGCCUGACUACUUCGAAGGGGACCUCAGCGGAGGCGAUGUGGUCAUCCACGUCAACCACUAUCCGCCAUGCCCGGACCCGAGCCUGACGCUCGGCCUGCCGCCGCACUGCGAUCGGAACCUCAUCACCCUCCUGCUACCGGGCACAGUCAACGGCCUACAGGUGGUCUACAAGGGCGAAUGGAUCAACGUAGACCCCGUACCCAACUCCUUCAUUGUCAACUUCGGCCGCCAACUGGAGGUAGCUAGCUAG